AUGGAUAUACCAUUUGAAGCUCGGAUUCCUCGCGAUCCCAAGUUCAGAGCCGAAAACAGCACCGACGCUUUCGUAGCCCUGGCGAAAUGGGCAGUGGAUUACUCAACAGCUGAGGGGGUCAAAGCAGGCUACAAAGCAGCCUUCCAGUCCGGUCAAGAAAGAUUAUCUGGCUUCUUUUCAAACCUUCAAGGAUCAUCUUGCAAAAUGCCGGACUUACCAACAGAGAUGUUGGUUCACUCGCCCCUUGAAGACACAAAGGGAAUACGCCUCGUUCAGGUGGAGAUCAAUGACUCUGUCCUUUCUCUGACUAUGAACACUUACUCUGCAUCCGAGACACCGGCUUAUGUCUGCCUCUCUUACGUCUGGGUCGAUUUCGGACCGAUGUGGAAUCGUGGUCGCGACUUUCGCGAGACUGAGCUUGAGGUUCCUCACUUCAGCCAUGCCGAUACAGUGGAUAUAGCGAUUAACAACAAACGGUUUCCUAUCGGAGCCAACUUGCACGCUGCCCUACUUGGCUUACACAAAUACCUCAACGGCAGACCUAUCUGGACUGACGCUGUGUGUAUCAAUCAGGAAAACCCAGAUGAGAAGACUGUUCAGGUAGCUCGCAUGGAUGAGAUAUACAGUGCAGCUGAAAAAGUCUUUAUCUGGCUUGGUAGAAAGCAUACAGAACGAACAGCAGCGAUGAGCAUUCUUAAAGCGUGGCCAGCAUUCCCAGAAGACCCAAACAAUGCCGAUAUCCAGUUCCAUGGGAAGAAGUACACAACCGCAAAAGCAUUUUUCGAUGCAACCUCGACAGGGUCAGAGCUUAUUUCAUGGCUCAGUCUCCUCCAGAUCGUCACGGAGAGUUGGUGGAGUCGAGUUUGGACUGUUCAGGAGUUCAUCCUCGCAAAGCAAUACGCUUUCUAUUACAAUGGCGAGGAAGUCCCGGCGUCAGAGUUGAAGAAGGCGAUGGAUUGGACGUACUUCGUUGCGAGUCACUUGUCGCCCAAGAUGGUACCUCAUUGGGUUACCUUCCAGCCGUCGAUGUUCGAUUUGAAGAGGAGUGCCGCCAAACUUCAUCUUCUUGAUGUGACGAUGCUUGGAGCGACUAGGAUGGCUGGUGAUCCGCGUGACAAGGUCUGGGCAUUUCUAGGUAUAACUGACCCAGCAACGCUUGGCCAGACAACUCUCAAACCAGAUUACAGCAAUCGAAACAUGAGCGACUUCUACCUCGACAUAGCGCAGCGUCUCAUCAAUGGUGACGCGGGUCUUCUCGUCCUAUCUUUGGUCAACCAUCCUCUUCCUCGGGAGUCUUACAAAUUCACAUCGUCCAAGCCAAUCGGCAACAGGUUACUGGACAGGUACAAGGCGAAGAAGCGAUUUCCUUCAAAGAAACCUGAUUGGGCACCGCUGGAAGAAGAUAUCUUUGACGAUGCUCUCCAGCCAGACUGGUCUGGGAAGGGAGUUGGCUACCCAAGUUGGGUCCCGAAGAUGGCAAGCGCCGUUGCGACUGAGCCACUGUUCCUGAAGGAGAUGAAGGCUCAAAAGGCUCGGGGUAGACCGCUGUAUGAUCACAGUUGGCGAGUCUUCCACGCUGCAUCUAGUGUGAAGAGCGAGUAUUCGUUGUCCGGAAACGGAAGAACACUAUCCGUGAGCACUCAUGUCUUGGACAGAAUUACCAAGAUUGCUCCUUUACCCAGGAAAAAAGAAGAGGAGAAGGCGUUCUACAAGAGCCUUCGGUCAUGGUACCCGGGGAGGGCUCGCCUCGCCGACAUAGCCUAUCCGCCCCAACCUUCAACAGCAGUCCCUGAGGCGCUCUGGCGAACACUUUUGACGAACAUCUGGCUCACCAGUCAUCCUGCUCCUGAUGCUUGCAGCGACCAUUUUGCAAACUAUCUUGCUCGCAUCUCAGACUCUGCUUCUGAGGCUAACCAUGAUCUUCGGUGUCAAAACAAAACUGAUCCACAGGAGGGAGAUAUCUUUGCAAUUGCGGUGGAUGAUGCUGGAGCUGAGCGGGUGCUUUUCGUGACGGACAAGGGAUACCUGGGCUUGGGGCCGGCGAGGACGGAAGUUGGUGAUGUUAUCAGCCUGAUUGCUGGGGCGCAUGUCCCGCUCGUGCUGCGGAAGGGGGCUCAAGGGUGGACUUUGAUUGGGGAGACUUAUGUGCAUGGGGCGAUGUAUGGCGAGGCUGUGAACAACGGGGAAUUCCAGAAGGUGGACAUCGUAUAA